GCAGCUGCACCGGUGGGAGCGGGGCGCGGGGAUCGGAGUGCGUCCGGCGAGCGGACGGGCGGCGGCGGUCUCGCAGCGGCCGCAGCGGCGGAGGGCGCAGGCGUGGUCCGUUGGGUGCGCCUCUGCUGAACGAAGAGCGACCUUUCAGCCUCUCUCCUGCCCGUCGAAGUCCCGCAGUCGGGGCCCGCUCAGCCGGCGUCAUCAUGACCAAGGCCGGUAGCAAGGGCGGGAACCUUCGCGACAAGCUGGACGGCAACGAGCUGGACCUGAGCCUCAGCGAUCUGAAUGAGGUCCCGGUGAAGGAGCUGGCUGCACUUCCAAAGGCCACCAUACUGGAUCUGUCCUGCAAUAAACUGAGUAGUCUACCGUCGGAUUUCUGUGGCCUCACACACCUGGUGAAGCUGGACCUCAGUAAGAACAAGCUGCAGCAGCUGCCAGCUGAUUUUGGCCGUCUGGUCAACCUCCAGCACCUGGAUCUCCUCAACAACAGGCUGGUCACCCUGCCUGUCAGCUUUGCUCAGCUCAAGAACCUGAAGUGGCUGGACCUGAAGGACAACCCCUUGGACCCUGUCCUGGCCAAAGUGGCCGGUGACUGCUUGGAUGAGAAGCAGUGUAAGCAGUGUGCAAACAAGGUGCUACAGCACAUGAAGGCUGUGCAGGCGGAUCAGGAGCGAGAGAGGCAGCGGCGGCUGGAAGUGGAACGAGAGGCAGAGAAGAAGCGGGAGGCCAAACAGCGAGCUAAGGAAGCUCAGGAGCGGGAACUGCGGAAGCGCGAAAAGGCAGAAGAGAAGGAGCGUCGGCGAAAGGAGUAUGAUGCCCUCAAAGCUUCCAAGCGGGAGCAGGAGAAGAAGCCCAAAAAGGAAGCAAAUCAAGCCCCCAAAUCUAAGUCUGGCUCCCGUCCCCGCAAGCCACCACCCCGGAAACACACUCGGUCCUGGGCUGUGCUGAAGCUGCUGCUGCCGCUGCUGCUGCUGUGUGUGGCCGGUGGGCUGGUUGCGUGUCGGGUGACAGCACUGCAGCAGCAACCCCUGUGUACCAGUGUGAACACCAUCUACGACAAUGCUGUGCAGGGUCUGCGCCGCCACGAGAUCCUCCAGUGGGUCCUGCAGACCGACUCCCAGCAGUGAGCUUGUCCUCCGCACCUGCUGCCUCCCGGCCUUGGAGCUCGGAUUCCUGUGGAAUUGGCUUCUGCUGGACACAACCUUUUUAGCGUCAGACCUACCUGCCAUCAUCAAAUGGCUGCCAGUUGGUACUUGAGACCUCCCCUUUGUAGGACUUCUUGUUGUUCCUUAGUCAGGGUUCCCUGGUGGAAUGAGAAGAAAUGGGAGGUGGGGAGGGAUAGUUACCUGCAUGCCUAAAGGAGUAGGCUUGGGGGUGGGGAGAGAGAAAACAGCCUUUUCUAGUUAUUGUACUAAGCUGUGUAAAGGCAAGGCUUGUUUCUACUAAAUGGUCAGCUGUCACUACAUUUAUACUUUUGUAUGUCACAAACCCUUUCUUUCAUUCCUCCCUGGGUAGCCCAGGCAGAUCAGGAGGCAUUGUGUUACUGGGGACUAGGGGACCACCACAUUCAGUAAAUCCAGUCGAAAUUGGGGAGGGGGUUACCUAUUUCCUAAAAAAAAAAACUCUUGAGACAUUCAACAUUUUAGUGACCAUCAAAACCUCUGGCUGUGAAAGGGACUUCACAACCCUCAGCCCCAUGUAAUGCUUGUAGGCAGAGGAACUGAGGCCUUCCAUAACUCGCCCAGUCUCACAGAUAGUGUAAGGUAGAACUAGACUCCCACUCUGGUAUUCUUUCUUUCCUUGACAUCAUUUGGCUUCCUUUGUAAAGUUCAGAGAGAACAGAACUCACACCAGAAUUCUGUCUCAGGCAAGGUGUAGAUACUUCACAGUAGACAGAGUCAUGACUCUAUUCACGCCAUCAGGGUCUUGGGCAGCUCCUGUGGAGUCCUGCCCUAACUUAAAUAGCUUCCACAAAAUGGCAGCAGGCCCGCUCCUUGCCUCAGGUUCAGAGCAUUAACUCCCUGAUUGCCAGGAAAUGAGGAGGUGGAUCUCUGCAAGGCUGCAUUGUCUGUGACAGCUCCAUUAGCACUAGGUGUGAUUAAAUACCUCAGAGGCAACCUGAACGCUCAGCUUCAUAGACACUGAGGUUCAGAAUUGUUUGAUUCUAGACCUAUAACAGAAGGGAAGGAAUGAAUGCAAACUGUAGGAAAUGAAGGGAAAUAAGUAGCAACAACGGAGCUGAAAAGUGGUGCAUAAAACUAAAGACUAGCACAAACUAGGGCAGUACCGUCCAUUCUCUUGGCUGCUAAAUUAAGCAUUUUCUUGCCUAUGCUUCAUCUUUUCACAACAGCUGGAUGAAGGGAUCAGAAGGACCAUGUCUUGGUGCUCAUUCACUGAAAACCCAAUCGCAAGCUCCUUGCCUCUUCCCAUAGGGAGCAAGAACCUGCUAUAGUUUAGAGACGGAGGGCAGAGUCCAGCUUUUUAGCCCUAGUGCCCCUUCCAGGGUAGUUCUAUCACUCAUGACUGUCUUGGUACUGGAAGAAAGGACUUUGCUCUCUCCUCCCCCAAGGUAGCUGUGCCACGCAGGUCCACACCUUACUCAGAAUCACUACACAUUCCUUAGUCUUCCUCCAAGCUCCAGAGCCAUUGGUAUAAAAUGCUUUAUUGAAACUUAACACAUAAUACAUAACAAUGAGAUAUGAAAAUACAGAAGUCAGCCUAGUUAUCAUAGUUCCUUUGGCCGGUUGAGGCAGCUCAGUGGCUGAGCCAACCUGCAGGCAAGAGUUCACUCCGACUUCGAGAUUUGAUGCUGAUUCUUUUGGAUUUCUACAAUUAUUAAAUCCAUGUCUGAGUGGUC